AUGCUCUUCUCCCUCCUUUCCCUUUCGCUUCCGCUCGCCGCGGCGUCCGCCCUCCCGACUUUCCAGCACCGUGAUACGCCUUUUGCGGCGCUGUUCAAGCGUGACGGCGCCAUUCCAGACCCAAACUCGCCUGACUUUGCGAGCCACUACCCGACCAACUGGAAGACGCCCGACCCCAGCACUCUCCCAAAGGCAUGGCUUGACAAGCUCAACUCGACCCAGCUUCCCUCCAACAACCCCGUCGCGACCGCCUCUGGAUCCAGCGGGUCAGCGUACAACGGCAUUAACAAUGGUGGAAAUAACCCCGACGUCUGCUCGUUUACAUGGGGUUGCAUCGCCCCCAGCGACUACUUUGAAGCUCCCAACGGCACUUGGCUCCUCAACUUUGACGAUGGACCCACGGACGCUUCGCCCAGGCUGUACGACUUUUUGCGCAGCAAUCAGAUCGAGAAGAAUGCCACCCACUUCAUGAUUGGGUCCAACAUCCAGACCGCGCCCAAGACGAUGCAAGAGGCGUUCACCCAGGGUGGCCACAUUGCCGUACACACUUGGGCGCACCCGAUGAUGACGACGCUUACCAACGAACAAGUCGUCGGCGAGCUUGGGUGGACGAUGCAGAUCAUUUCCGAUCUCACUGGCGGUCGUAUUCCGGCUUUCUGGCGCCCACCAUAUGGCGAUGUCGAUAACCGUGUUCGCACAAUUGCCAAGCAGGUUUUCGGAUUGGAGACAGUCGUGUGGAACAAGGACACGAAUGAUUGGAAGAUUCCCACGGACGGCACAACUGUCGACAGCGUCACGGCCGUCAUGACUGGUUUCAUCACCGGUCCCAAGAGCCCAGGUAUCGUGCCCCUCGAACACGAACUUAACAACGACACCGUCCAGGUCUUCAUCAACUCGUACCCGCUCAUGAAGGAGAAUGGAUGGACUGUUUUGACCGCCCCCGAAGCAUACGGCCUUCUGUGGUACCAGAACGCCAAGGGUAACGACGGGCCUGUUGCCUCCGCCAUGAGUGUCGGUGAGGUCCAGACCGCCAUGGGAACCAACGCUUCGUGGGCCAACCCCACCUCGGCUCUCCCUUCUUCCAGCGUUGUCCCUGAGGCGACUGCCAACGCGACCGUCUCUUCCAGCGCUGACGAGGCCAAGAAGACCGCCAACACUCAGCAGGGCAACAAGAACAGCUCUGCUGUUCGCAUCGGCGUCUCCUUCUUCUCCGCUGCCAUCCUCAUCCCCGCCCUUGCUCUCCUCCUCUAG